GUCGUCGGAGGAAGAACUAAGAGAAACGAAACCUGUCUUCUUCUUUCGAUCUUGAACUUCAUCUUGAGUGUGGUACACACUUAGGUUCUUUAGUCCAAGAUCUCUUACCGUUCGGCCGGAGGUAGGGUUAGAUCGAUCGUUGUCUUCGCGGGUAGGGGAUUUUAGGGUUCUUUGAUCCGUCACCGGCCGGGAAUCGAUGAAUGAUCCGUCGCUGAUGAUGACUCGCAGCUUUGGGAUCUGGCCGCCUUUUCCGCCCCCGGCGGAGGACCGGAUGGGGUUUAUGAACCCCACUCUGCCUCUUCCACCGCCCUUCGCCGCCCCGGGUGGAGCCAUGCCAGGUCGGAUGAACUGGAAGGUUAAGAAGGUUGCUGACAAGCGGAAGAAAGCGGCCGGUGGAGGGAGAAGGGAACCUAGUGGUGGCGGUGGCGUCUCCGGUUAUAUACCUUCGACGCUCCACGAGUUGCAGUACCAGAACCGCGCCAAGGCGCGCAGGUUCUUCCCCAAGAAGAAGUUCGCACGCUCCGCACCCUUUGCCCCCCGGAAUACGACCUCCUUCAUCAUCCGCGCCAAGAAAUCCGGCGGGAUCGCGCCGCUGGUCUCGCCGUGCCCCGUGACGCCGGCGGUCCUCUCGACCCCCAAGUUCUCGCCGACGCGCGAUGACCUAGCGGACAUGGUCAAGGAGGAGUGGGGCGUGGACGGCUACGGCUCGAUGAAGGGCCUGAUCCGGCUCCGGUCACCGAACCGGGCCGGCAGUGGUAGCGGGGAUGAGAACGAGGAGGGGUCGAGCGAGACCGACGUCGAGGAGCACCUGGAGGUGGAGCGGCGGCUGGAUCAGGACGUUAGCCGGUUCGAGAUGGUGUUCCCCGAGGAAGAGGAGCAAGGCAUGAAAACCGCGGCGGACCUGCUCGAGAGCAGGGUGGAAGACCAGGACGCGCACAUUGCGCAGCUCGAGGAGGAGAACUUGACGCUGAAGGAGAGGCUUUUCCUGAUCGAGAGCGAGAUGGGGGACUUCAGGAGGAGGCUGCAGCUGCUGGAGACUCGAUGCCGCGAGAGGGAGGAGGAUAACGGAGUCGACAACAACAAGGAUGACAGCAAUGGUGGAAACACCACUGAGGCGGCGCCGGAGAACGAAGAGGAUGGGGCUGAGAGCAGCGGCGUCCGGAUGCUGGAGGGAAUUGAGAACUCUCGAGACAGGAAUAUCGAUUGGGCUACCCUUGUGUACAUAGAUUGAUUCCAUGGGCUUUAAAGGUUUGUGGAUCGUCAUCACAAGAAAUGUGGAAGAAGAUGGAAGUUGCGAAUGUGUGUAUUUUCUGAUUCUGAUUCUGAUUCUGAUUCUGAUUCUGAUUCUUUCAUAUAUUUUUUGGAGGUGGGGAUUUUGGCACAAUAUUUCAUUUGACACUUCAAAUACUACUUGUUCUUGUUC